UAUAUUAAACAAAAAAUCGAUUAUAAUAAAAUUAUUUUUAUGUAAAAAUCACAUUUAAUUAAUAUAAAAUAUAUCUAUAAGUAACAAAAUAAUAUUAACAUAUGAUUCUAUUGAAAUAAUACUAAUAUAACCCUAUUUGUAAGUUUCAAGAAAUGUCUCAACAUCGAAUGUCUGAUGUCAUUGGUAUAUUUAAAGGAGCUAAAACAGUAGCUGAUGCUAUGCUUAAAUAUCAAGAAGAGACAAUUACACAUUUAAUACAGACUUCAUCUUUAAAAAUUACUGCAGAGAGAUGUCUGACAAAUAAUUUAAAAACAUUGAAUAAUAUAGAACCAAGUAAGGUUCCUCUUCAAAUAACAAAAGAAUUUAAAGAAAUUGUAGAACGAUUAAAUGUUAUUGAAAAGGGUAUAAUAGAAUUUAUAAAAUUAAAAACUAAAGAAAUCACAGGAUUGUCAUUAGAUGUUGAGAUACCGAUAAAAACUAAAAAAACUAAAUUAUAUAUUUAUAAUCUUGCUAAAGAUCCAAAAGAAAUAACAAUAGAAAUGGAUAUUUCAAAAAUGAAAUAUAAUUCUGAAAAUAAUUACACAAAUGAAGAUACACAGGAUAAACCUAUGAAAAAAUAUUUAACUGUAAAAGAAAAAAUUGAAACCAUUUCCAAAUUAGAAAAUGAAAUACCUAAAAUUGUACUUUCUGAAAAAGAUAAAGCAAUAUUGAAGAAAUUAGAAUUAGAACAUGAAAAAAAUAUAAAAAGUCAAAACAUAAAACAAGAUAUAUCAAAUGAAUCAAAAAUUGAUGCUGAAGUUAUUAAAAUAGAAAAUAAAAAAAUAACUUCAAAUAAUUCUCAAGUUAAAUUAAAACCAUCUGUUAGACCAAAAAAAACUCUUUCACCUAAUGCAAAAGCUCAAAAAGUUCCAGCUACCAGAUUACAAAGAAUGAUGAGCUUUGGAACAUUAGGAAUUGGACUUGGUGUUGGAACUGUUGCAGAAUACACACGCAGAACAUUUGGAUUAAAAAAACAAAGUCUUGGAAACACAUUUGAUACUCUUUUUCUUACUAAAGCAAAUGCAGAAAGAAUAGUUUCUACUUUAUGUAAAGUAAGAGGUGCUGCUUUAAAAAUUGGACAAAUUUUAAGUAUACAAGAUGAAACCAUUAUAAGUCCUGAAUUACAAAAAGUAUUUGAACGAGUUAGACAAAGUGCAGAUUUCAUGCCAACAUGGCAAGUUGAGAAAGUAUUAAGUACUGAACUUGGACAUGAUUGGAGAACUAAAUUAAGUACUUUUGAAGAUAAACCAUUUGCUGCAGCUUCUAUUGGUCAAGUACAUCAUGGUACUUUGUUAAAUGGACAGGAUGUUGCAAUUAAAAUUCAAUAUCCUGGUGUAGCUAUGGGUAUUCAAAGUGAUGUUGAAAAUUUAAUAGGCAUAAUGAAGGUUUGGAAUAUUUUUCCAAAAGGUAUGUUUAUAGAUAAUUUAGUAGAAGUUGCAAAACGUGAACUUGCAUGGGAAGUGGAUUAUAUCAGAGAAGCAGAAUGUACUAGAAAAUAUAAAAAAUUAAUGGAACCUUAUUCAAAUUAUUAUGUUCCAACUGUAAUUGAUGAACUGUCAACAAAUCAAAUUUUUACAACUGAAAUGGUAGAAGGAAUUCCAGUAGAUAAAUGUACUACUAUGGAUAUGGAUACAAAGGAACAUAUCUGUAAAUUAAUAAUGAAUUUGUGCCUUAAGGAAUUAUUUGUUUUUCGAUAUAUGCAAACUGAUCCAAAUUGGUCUAAUUUUCUUUACAAUACUAAUACAAGACAAUUAAUAUUAUUAGAUUUUGGUGCAUGUCGAGAUUAUGAGAAAUCAUUUAUGGAUAAAUAUAUUGAAGUAAUUUAUGCUGCAAGUGAAGGUGAUCGUAAAAAAAUUUUAAAUUUAUCUAGAGACAUGGGAUUUCUUACAGGAUAUGAAUCUAAACUUAUGGAAGAAGCUCAUGUAGAUGCAGUAAUGGUUUUGGGACAAGUAUUUGAUAAAAAUUAUAAAUACUAUGACUUUGGUGGACAAGAUGUAACUAAAAGAAUUCAAACAUUAGUUCCAACAAUAAUAGAUCACAGGUUAUGCCCUCCACCUGAAGAAAUUUAUAGUUUACAUAGAAAAUUAUCAGGAAUUUUUUUACUAUGUGCCAAACUUCAAGUUAAAAUAAAUUGUCGCGAUAUGUUUCGCGAAGUUUAUGCAAAUUAUAAAUUUGGAUAAUAUCAUUAUAAAUUAAUAUUUAUAUUUUAUAUAUAAUUAAUUAAAUAUAAACAUAAUUUCAA